GACACAAACGGGACCAUAACCCAUUAAAGGAGACCAUUGGCGAGACCAUGCUGGGUCACACAUACACACCUGCAAACAGACUAUGAUUGGUCACGGCUUCAGCAGUCACUGCCAACGUCGCCGCAGCCGUCACCCGUACGAUAUGAUAGAGGGGGUCGGACGCUGCCCUCACUCAAAAUAUCGACCCUCUCCAGUUCGUUCACCCGUGUGCUUGUUCCGCCAGCAAGUAGCGACCGCGCCGCGGCAGCGUGCCGCUCGGUGUGAGGGCGGCUAUAAAUGUGACGCGCUCUCCCUUACGCCGGUAGUAUUUGUCCAAAAGGGAGGACUACGAGGCAGUUGUGCAAAGACGACGAAACUAACUGAGUAAAAACGCACGUUUCCUGUGCUCGGAAACGUAGGCGAUCAUCGACAACAAGAGAAACGCCACCUGGGCACUGGGCGUACAUUUGGAGCAGAACAGACAGAUUUAGCUGGUUUGGUGCAUGUGCUAUAGCAGAUUGCUUGAACAGUUACAUAGAGAUAGGACUCUCUGAGACGUAUCAGAGGGAGGAAACGGAACCGUCCGUUCAACGUGCAUAAGGGGCGUGUUCUACACGUAGACGGAUACGCAUCGUCGUGCAGCGUGUGUUUUGGUAACAUGGUGUCGAACCACUCUUGUCACAAGUGUGAAGACAAUAACAGCAAUAAUUGUGACAAGACGACAGCGACUGCAACAAUGUGCGCGCUAAUGAUCGAUGGCCAAGGACUUGAGGCGAUCUUCGAUGCCGGCUCAUCUGAUAUCCUGAUUGUCAAGCAGAACCGCAAGAGUCUCAAGAGUCCAACGCAUAUCUGCCGCAUGUGCGGCUACGGCGACUUUUCAUCACAACGUGUUCGUCGCCACCUAAUGCUCAAGCAUCAUGCUGUCAUGGCCAAGAUCCUGGAUUACGGUUCCACUAGCCCAAUGCACAUGCCUUCAAUACCAGCUGUGCACCCAGCGAAUAUGCACGCCGUCCAUAACGUUCUUCCGCCGGCGCACAGUGAAAAAUCGUCAAUCUUGGCUGAUCGUCUCUCCUCAAACCGAAGCCACUUCGACUCGGAACCGGAAUCGCCUCUGUCUGUUACUUCGCACAAGAUGUGCGGAGAUGACCUUCCUGAGGACCUUUCUGUUCAUUCGGAUGGAUCGUCCGUGUGUCACUCGGACAACGAUGAAAAUGUUCAGGUGGUUCCACAAUUUAAACCUCAGUCCCAAUUAACAACGUACAAAGCUGGUGAGAACAAGAGAUCAGUAAUCGUACGAACCCCUAAGAAGGCUGUCAAGAGGUCCGCUUCCCACAACAGUAAUAGCCAGGGCACUAGGCAGUCGAUCUUAAAACGUCGGUUGCUUGGUCUUGGCGAAGAAUUUCUAGUUGACGAUCUGGAAGCGAGUGAGGCAUGCCUAAAUGCCAGUGAACUCAACGUAAAAAUGGUCUACAGCAACUCGAAGUUUGUUAUCGACUCAUCUGAGUCAUUCUGGCUUAAGGGGUACAAGCUACCACCUCGAUAUGAGUUGGCACCUACUGUUCAGUGAUGAUCAGUGAAGGACUUUGGAGCAAUAGGCCUGCAAAUGACGGUCGCGCGAAAAAAGUGAUCCCACCACCCCUUGCUCGACAUCUUUGCUCACCAUUCUAACAGUGGUCUUGGAUCAUACACCUAGGUCAGGCAGCUUAUUAGCCAACCUCGCCGGGUGCUAGGUCCUCGACAAUACAGAGAUGAUCUCUCAGGAGCCGUGCCGUUUCAACGUGUCAGUAUCCUUCCAUUAAAAGGUACGGUCGAAACAAAGCAUCGAGAUCUCAGCAGCAGCAGCAGCAGCAGUGACUGUAGAUGAUGAUAGGGAACCUUCCUUGUACAGCCAGCUAUAAUUAAAGGACAAAACCCGGGGGAGGAGGCGGAAGCAAAAGACGACUAUUCUAAGCAGCAAAAAAAAAAACAAUAAAAAAAAAGAGCUGAAAAGGAGAGGCCGUUCGCGACAGAGUUUAUUUCAUCGCGCACAAUCUCAACUCUCGUAACGCGACCUCUAUGUAGUUCGAAUGGGUAUGAGCGACUGGAUCGACACAUACCCAAAACGCGUCUGUAAACA